ACGCAGGCGGCGGGGCUGCGGCACGGGCCGGGCGGCACCAUGGCGGCGGCGGCGCCUGCUGCUGCGAGGGCUUCUUCUGAGGCGUCGGCGGCGAGUGCGACGGCAGAGCCCGAGGCCGGGGACGAGGACAGUCGCGAGGUCCGAGUGCUGCAGAGCCUGCGGGGCAAGAUCUGUGAAGCGAAAAAUUUGUUGCCAUAUCUUGGACCCAACAAAAUGAGAGAUUGUUUUUGUACCAUCAAUUUGGACCAGGAAGAAGUUUAUCGUACCCAAGUUGUUGAAAAAUCUUUAAGCCCAUUUUUCAGUGAAGAAUUUUACUUUGAGAUUCCAAGAACUUUCCAGUAUUUGUCUUUCUAUGUUUAUGAUAAGAAUGUUUUGCAAAGAGACCUUCGCAUAGGAAAAGUAGCCAUCAAAAAAGAAGACUUAUGUAACCACAGCGGCAAAGAAACUUGGUUUUCACUACAGCCUGUUGACUCCAAUUCAGAGGUUCAGGGUAAAGUUCACCUUGAAUUGAAACUGAAUGAACUGAUAACAGAGAAUGGAACUGUGUGCCAGCAACUUGUUGUACACAUCAAGGCAUGCCAUGGGUUGCCUCUCAUAAAUGGACAAAGCUGUGACCCUUAUGCAACAGUUUCUCUGGUGGGCCCUUCUAGGAAUGACCAAAAGAAGACAAAAGUAAAGAAGAAAACAAGCAAUCCGCAGUUUAAUGAAAUCUUUUAUUUUGAGGUAACCAGAUCCAGUAGUUACACCAGAAAGUCCCAGUUCCAGGUAGAAGAGGAGGACAUUGAAAAGCUGGAAAUUAGGAUUGACUUGUGGAACAAUGGAAACCUGGUCCAAGAUGUUUUCCUAGGUGAGAUUAAGGUUCCUGUGAAUGUGUUAAGAAAUGAUUCCUCUCAUCAAGCCUGGAGCUGCAGGAGACAGAGCGCCCUGGGAUGUACGGCCGAAUUGACCAGAAGUACAGUGCGCUGUCGAAGGAGAGUUGGUGAUCAGCAAGACGGGGAAAGCUCCCCGGUAGAGGGUGAACUCGCUGAUCAACCAGGCGUAUUUUCUGGUCAUCGCACUGUGGCCAUACUCUGUUUGGCCACUGCUGUGGCAGAAUUAGACUUGAGGGAUACACAAGAUGCAAACACAAUUUUUAGAGGAAAUUCCUUGGCUACUCGAUGUCUGGAUGAGAUGAUGAAAAUAGUGGGAGGGCACUACCUGAAAGUAACAUUAAAACCCAUUCUGGAUGAGAUAUGUGAAUCUUCAAAAUCCUGUGAAAUCGAUCCUAUUAAAUUGAAAGAAGGAGAUAAUGUUGAAAAUAAUAAGGAGAAUCUGCGCUACUAUGUAGACAAGUUAUUCAGUACAAUUGUAAAAUCAAGUAUGAGCUGCCCCACUGUAAUGUGUGAUAUCUUUUAUUCUCUAAGGCAAAUCGCUACUCAGAGAUUUCCUAAUGACCCUCAUGUUCAAUAUUCUGCAGUGAGCAGCUUUGUAUUUCUUCGUUUCUUUGCUGUAGCCGUAGUAUCACCUCAUACUUUUCAUUUGCGACCUCAUCAUCCAGAUGCACAGACAAUUAGAACAUUAACUCUCAUCUCAAAAACCAUUCAAACUUUGGGAAGCUGGGGAAGUCUAUCCAAAAGCAAGUCAAGUUUCAAAGAGACAUUCAUGUGUGAAUUUUUCAAGAUGUUUCAAGAAGAAGGAUAUAUUAUAGCAGUUAAAAAGUUCUUGGAUGAAAUUUCAUCUACUGAAACUAAAGAGACCAGUGGUACAAGUGAGCCUGUGCACCUGAAAGAAGGUGAGAUGUAUAAAAGAGCUCAGGGAAGAACUCGGAUUGGAAAAAAGAAUUUCAAGAAACGAUGGUUCUGCUUAACAAGCAGAGAGCUCACCUACCACAAACAGCCAGAGUUCAUUGAACGCAAAGAUGCAAUUUACACAAUUCCAGUAAAAAACAUUCUUGCUGUGGAAAAACUGGAAGAGAGCUCUUUCAACAAGAAAAAUAUGUUCCAAGUAAUACAUGCAGAGAAACCGCUCUAUGUCCAGGCAAAUAAUUGUGUAGAAGCUAAUGAAUGGAUAGACGUGCUCUGCAGGGUCAGCCGGUGCAAUCAAAACAGGCUCAGUUUUUAUCAUCCCUCUGCAUACAUAAACGGAAACUGGCUCUGCUGUCAGGAGACCAGCGAAAACACUCUCGGCUGCAAGCCAUGUACUGCAGGAGUCCCUGCAGACAUCCAAAUAGAUAUUGAUGAAGACAGAGAAACAGAAAGAAUUUAUUCCCUUUUUACCCUCAGUUUACUUAAGCUGCAAAAGAUGGAAGAGGCUUGUGGAACAAUAGCAGUCUAUCAAGGACCACAGAAAGAGCCUGAUGAUUAUUCUAACUUUGUAAUUGAGGAUUCUGUAACAACCUUCAAGACAAUUCAGCAAAUAAAAAGCAUAAUAGAGAAGCUGGAUGAACCUCAUGAAAAGUAUAGGAAGAAAAGAUCAAGUAGUGCAAAAUAUGGGAGCAAGGAAAAUCCAAUUGUUGGGAAAACAUCCUAGAGUUUGACCAAUUGCUUCAGAAGAACUGGAAAAUAAUUCUUUUUCUUGGUAUUUUUAAAUUCAUCAUAUAUUUUGUUCAUAGUAUUUAAGAAUGAACAUUAGCUUCAAUGUCACCUGCAUUCACAUUGUAUUUAAUAUUUAAUAACUGAAAUUAAUUGGGAAUCCUGGAAUUUAUAGAUGACUAGAGAAUUUGAAGCCCAAGAUUCCCUUGUAUGUCCAGAUCAAUUUUUCUCCAACUUGUUUUUGAUAGAAAGACUCUUCCUAAAGAAGGUUCCUAAAGAAGCUGUGUAACAGAGGGAGAACUCCUGCAUAGCAAGAAACUGUCUCUUCUUGUAACACUCUGUUCCGUGGACCUGUUUUCACUACCAUUAGUGCCUGCUCUCUACUGCCAACAUUGUGUUUUACUAGAAAACCCCAAUCCAUGACAAUUCAGAGCUUUCCAUUUAGUUCAUCUAGACCCUCUUUAUUUCAAAAAAGAAAAGAAAAAAUUUUUUUUUCCUUUGGUCCAUCAAUCAUUACAGGUUACAUUAGAGAUAGCUACAAAAACUUUAGAAAACUGCCAGAGCAUCCUUAAAAGUUAGUAGGUCCUUUUGCCUACUUAUAGAUGUAAACAGAACUCAGAUACGAGGAAUCAGGGAAUAUGUGCUAUUGUGUGCAUCUUGUUUACAUUUGGAAUGAGUGAUGGCAGAUGAAAUAAAAUGAGACCACUAAAUUUUCUUCAUUGUUUUAAAUAUCAGGUACUCAUUUUCUUGAUUUGAGAGUUCAGAUUAACAUGACUUCUAAGGACAUCUUUUCUGAAAAAGAAGAGAAAGUAAACAGUGAACGAAGGUGGUAGAAAAAUCACUUGACUUCACCUGCUAGUUUAUGUUGUAAUAAGGGCCACCAUAAGGAUGCCCUCCUCAUAGUGUUAGGUCGUGAUCUAACUCGAGAACAGUCACUCGGCGCACUUUAAUAAUCUGGACUGCCCCAGAUUAUACUUUAGGUACUCCAUGGUAUCUAAUCUUUAUGAUCAGUUGAAUGAUCAGUGUUUAAGUCUAGAAAUAAUGCUUUCCUGAAAAUGUUUAUAUUUCAUUGCUGUUUCCUUAUUGCCUGCUAGCCAAAUGGAAUUUGGGCAAGCAACUAUUUGAAUACUAUUUUUCCCUAGUAAUUUACUUUUAUCCUAAAAACAUAACUGUAUAUAAGCAGUCGAAGCAAGUUGCCACCUUGAAGCUAAGAGGGAUACACUUUGCUUCAUCAGUAUUAAAAACCAUGGUACUCUUUUUUUGUCUUUUUUAAUUCAAAACAUUUUCUAAAUGUGGUACUUUGAACCUUGGAGUAUUUACAUAUGUUUCUGUUUAAAACUGUGACUUAUUAAUGUAAGUCUAGCUAGUAGUGCUUUUUUGUUUCCCUGAGCAUAAGCUAUAUUUCAAGAUAUACUUUGCCAAUUAUGUUAUUGGUGGGUAAUUGUUAUUAAAAUAUAUUUUUAUUAGGUAAUUAUUUUAAAGACUAUUGGCACACAAUCAAAGUUGUUCCAUAAAUGAUUAUAACCAAGCAAUGUAUUUCUCUAAAUGACUGUAAAACCAAUUGGUUAUAUUUAAGAAUCAGUACUAGUCUGCAUUAUGGUAGAUUAUUACUCCUGACCCAUUUUUAAGACAAGUUUGAAAGAAUCUUUUAAAUUUUAUGCACAUGUAGAUUCAUCAACUACACUGAUUUACAAAAUAUGAAAGAAUUUAGCCAUUUAAUAAAUUUUUCAUUCUCAAAUUUCAUUCAGAUUAAAAUUCCUUUUAUGAGUCUCUGAAAUGUCUGCCUGCAGAGGAUAUAUGAGCAUUACCAAGUACUAAUCAUUCCUUUUUAGUGGUUUUUUAGUCCUUUGUUGUGUUUUUUUAAGGCAAAAGAAAUAUUCUUCUAACAUUUAAAAUACCAAAUCCCCAAUUGUUUUUAAAGAUCAUGGCAUGAUCAAAGGCUGUGUGCAUACAUAACUCUGGAUUCGAAGGGGAGAGUUCAGUCAUCUAGUUAUUUUCUUCACAUGAUGCUUUUAAGCAGCCAGUUUGACUGGAAUUUACCAGCUUGGCACAGCCUGAAAAGAAGUAAUGUGAAAUUAAAUUAAUUUUCUUUGAAAGUCUUUUGAAAUAAGACACCAUAUCAGUAGGACCCUAAGAUAAUCAAGGAAUUUGCUUCCAGGGACCUCAUUCCUCUGCUGUUACUCAUGAAUACUUUGAUUUUUACUACGUGAUCUGCCUACUCUGCCUUUCCAUAUCUAAAAAAAAUACAUGGCAGCUCACUUCACCCUAAAAACCUGAAAACCCCAGGAAGAACAGAAAAGGAUGAUAUGGGGAAGCUUGCCAUAAAUGACAGUUCUGAUUCUUAGUUUAGCCAUUUCCAUCAGUAAAAAUUGUGAUGAUCUGUCACUUAUUUUGUUGUUUUGUUUUUGUUUAGCUUUGUUUUUUUAAUAUGCAUUUAAUAAGAUGAUGGAAUAGCAAAGGUUUUACUCCCGGGAAUAUAAUUUAUCAAAUUAAACUGUUUUAUUUGCCAAAGAAAUAUGUUUUUAAUAUCACGGGUAAUGGUUAAGUCAAAACUAGGCUUUUUCAUUUUAUUAUACCAAAACAACAUGACGAAUGAUGUGGCUUUUGUUUCUUUUUCUGAAACCUGAUUUCAUUCAUCAGAAAGGCAUGUUCAUGCCAGGUUUUGAAAAACAGAUCUUAUUUUUAAGUGAAAGCACCUUUAAUUUGUCCUAACGGUACAUUCUGUAAAGACAGAAUUCUGCAUAGCCUUUUUAGGUGUCCUUACAGUAUGUGAAAAAUACAAGACUCAUUCUAGAGUUAAAUUACGAAUCUUGAUUGAUAUUAUCUGCUUUCAUUUUUUUAACUUGGAAAUUAAUAUGUUGCUAGUAAAUAUUGGUUUUUACAGUGUCCAGUUUGAAAAUAUAAGUUAUCAAAACUUAAUGUAGUGAAUUUGUGUAACCAUGUUGUAUGUUGAGAAUGUAUUUUUAUUUAAAUUUUAUUUUCUUAUCAAGAGUAUUAUAAAAAUUAAAAACUUUUGUAACUGUCGCUUGGAAAUAACUCAAAUAAACUACAAGAAGCCUGUC